UUCAUCCUGACACUGGGUGUUAUUUAUCUGUGCGGCGUUAAUAUUGAAAACCCCACCAGUCAAGACCUGGAAGGGCGGGGAGAGGCUUUGACAGCACCCCAUGGUCCCAGGUGUCUCUAAACUGCAUUCCCCUCUCAUGCUAAGUCCAGGCCGCCCUUUCUAAAGAAAAGCCCUUUCAAGGGAAGGGGGCUGCUGGCCCUUUUUGAGGGGAGGGGAGAGGGUUCAGUAGGAUGAUUGUGGCAGGGGCCUUUCUGUUUCCUCAGUCAGGUGCUCAGAGGUCCUUGUCCCAAGGUGUGACAACUGAAGGAGACAUGUAAGAGGCAGCUUGUGUAAGUUUUGAAGACUGGAGCACCAGAAGAAGAUUGGGGCUUCGAGGGCACACACGCUUCGUCCCUCAUCCUUUUCUUAAGGGUUUGAUGGAGUGACCCUUUGGCUUCUGGUAUAAUGUCCAAAUUUCAUCAUGACACCCAGCCAGGGGGUGGCAUGGUGUGGUCCUCCCGCUGCAGCCACGGCCAGGACACUUGCACCGAGGAAUGUUGUUCCUCCACCUUUUAGAUGAGGCUUCCCUGGACAUCUUCCUUUUGGUCUUCCUUUUGUAGAAGGGGCUGCAGGGGUUAGGGAGGGGACACUUUGUUGAACGUGCCUUCUGGUCGGCCCUGCACUAGUGGUGGCCUGCCCCCAACUUGAUUUGUAUGUUCGAAACACGGAAGAACAGCCCGUGAGCCCCCCACAGAACCUUCCUUGAUGCCCAAGUCCAUCUGAGUCCACCUUUUCGGGGCACUGUGGCCAGCCACUGGAAAUGCCCCAGUCUGUCUAAAGAAAGGGACGCUUCCAAAAGAAGUAGCUUCUCUAGAAUCCCACCAGGCCAGACACAACUGGGAGAUCCCUGCCUCUCCUCCAGCUUCAUCGUUGAGCUCUAACUAUGCGCCGUGUGUCUGCGGCGUGGGACUCUUGAUGAACAGACGGUGUUCUCCUCUGUAUAGGGGCCGAUGGGGGAUGCUGGUGGACAAAAGCCUGUGUUAGGACAAAGAAAUGCAGAGGGAUAGCCUGGCUGGCUUUGGGAUUCAGGUCUCCCAGGUGCUCGCCGACCCCACCCCUAGUCACUCUCGGAAAAAGAGUCCCCAGUCCUUGGUGGCUCCCACCCAACAGACCUGGCAGUCAGCUCCGUGUGCUAAAGUGUAAAAGCAAGCAUUUGCGUAUUUUUUCCUGCUAACAAAGGAAAUGUGUCGACUUGGGGAACAUUUGGGCUUUCGGAAGCUGUGUGGGUGGGUGUGUGAGGGAGGAGAAAGAAAAGUUGCCCCCAUGAGCUGCAACACCAGUGAUUUCACACUCAGGUUUGGGUCCUGUGUAAAGAGGCCGUGGCUGGGGGGGGGCCUCCCCCGCCACCCCGCCCCGGACAAGGGAGUCUGUGAGCAGGGGAAUUGCCUAGGGCCAUCGGUCCCAGGCGUUAAAGGCUCCCCUACUUAUUAACCCAGCAUUUAACAGCAGGAUAUGGAGCUGAAGCGCAGUCAAAAGAAACGGCUCAACCUCCAAAGAGCAAUUAAAAUCCUGCACGAGGAUAAAUCACGCACCGUGAUAAUCCUGUGAAUAAAAUGCAGCUUGUCCUGACCCUUCACUCAUGCAGCAAACUAGAAUGUGGUGUGGGUGGGGCUGGUGGGCCGGGAAGUUAAGGAGGGGGCGGGGCUCUCCCCCGUGCCUCAGCAGCCUCCCCCCUCCUCCCGGUAGACGGAAAACGGGUGGCUUCUGCUUGCUCCCCGUGGGCCGGAAUCUUGCAGCCCCAGCCCCAGCCCCAGCCCCAGCCCGGCAGCCUGGGCUGCUAUGAUUUCUGCACUCGCUCCUGAUUGCUGGUCCCCAGCGAGCAGGCGUCAUUGAAUUACUCAGCCGCCUCCCUCUGCAGCUCCCAGGCCAAACCACCCAGGUUUGGGGCUUAAUCUAAUCUAGGGCUCGGGUGGGGUGGCUCGCCAGCCCACUGACUCUUUUUACCCCUCCAUCUGUAAGUCACACGCACCGCAGCCGUGGAAGUGAGUCGUAGUUUGGGCCGCCACACCGGACUGUUGUGCCUUUUAUCCCACACCCCACCCCUGUCCCCAAUCCUUUCAGCCACAAGAAGAGUCAAUGUGGGGCUCCCUGGAAUCUAGCACCGUCCACUUUCGAUCCAAGUGUGUUCUCCAAAAGGCUGGGAAAGGGGAAGGGAGAAGGGAGAAGGGCAGGUUAAGGGUGUCAUGUGCUGUACCUUGAAUGGUGUGGCCUGUGGCUCUUGAACUCUCUGCAUCCCCAGCGCCUCCUGCCAGGGAAGUUCCACCUCCCUCCUUGAACCUCUGGCUCAGACUAGACGCUUGAAGAAAAGCUGCCAUCCAAGAAGACGACAUGCUUUCAGCACCCGCCCCCCCGUAUGGGAAUGUUCACAGCUGGAUGAACAGCGAGAGGGUCCGCAUGUGUGGGAUCAGCGACGACAGGAAAAUUCCUGUAAACGAAGGUGACACUUCAAAGGCCGGACUGGAACUAAGGGAAGAAAACCCCUGGAAUCACAACGUGGUGGACGCGACCACGGCCCAUCGGAUCGAUGGCCUGGCAGCGCUGAGCAUGGACCGCACGCACCGGCCUGAUCCGGGAAGGGCUGCGUGUCCCCGGAAACAUCGUCUAUUCUAGCUCGUGUGGACUGGGCUCAGAGAAAGGGCGGAAGGCUGCCACAAUCAUAGGUGGUCUGGGGUUUUCUUCCGAAAGAAACCCAGAGAUGCAGUUCAAACCGAAUACACCCGAGAUGGUGGAGGCCUCCGCUGUCUCCGGAAAGCCCCCAAAUGGCUUCAGUGCUAUAUACAAAACGCCACCC